UAAUAACAAUGGAAAUAGUUAUUAUGAUCUGGAGGAUGACAGUCCAAAUAACAAUUUCUUGAAUAUGUAUUCAGUUGACAGUGAUAGUGAUGUCGAACCACGUGAGCGACCUUUCGAAUUGUUAUUUGAAAGCGAGUUAUCUUCACAUAAUGACGAAGAACCAACAUCACCGAAUAGUGUAACGCAUAGUCUUUCACCACCACGGGAUAGUAAUAAUGUGGAUAUAACAAAUAAUCAACCAAUCCUUCCAAUCGAUCCUGUGAAUAUGGAAAUUUAUACAGCCGGUGAUGGUGGUGAAGAUAAUGAUGGAAAUCCACCAGAACAAUCACGUUCUCCAUCCCCGUCAGAUGUAAAGGAAGAAUUGAUGGCGGAUGUGGACAGUUCGCAAAUGCCAUAUGCCGUUGAUCAUAAAACUUUAAUGGAAUCAUUAAGACGCCGUGUUCGUGAGUUGGAUACCGAUGCGUGGCAAUUCGUCAAAACUGAUAAUGAAUUUUCGAGGGUUUAA